AACCGGAAACGGUCAAACUCUUUACUUUUCCGACGCGGAGAGAAGAAAGAAACAUAAACCCAAAGAUGACGACGACGACGACGAUGACACGGAAGAAGAAAAGAAUGGCAUAGAACCGUAAAUAGAUAGAAAGCUCGAGGGUAAUCUAGGAAACAUACAUCAAGAUUAAAUCGUACGGUACCGUGUUGGCUUUUGUGAUUCUUCCGCUGAUCCGUUAAAAACUGAAAAAAAGAAGAUUCGUGAUAUAAGACAAAAUCGCAAAGAAUCUCAGCCGUUCGUUUGAGGAGAUUUGGGUAUUUCUGUUUUUAACUGCGAAUUCAAUUUCUAAGCUUAAUUGGGGAAAAAAGGAAAAAACUUUGAAGCAUUCUCGUUUAUAUCAGUUUCGUUGGCUCUCAUCGAAGAAACCUAGCUUCCAGAAAUUUGCUUUGAGGAUUGGUUUCAAUCCAUAUGGAACAACUCAGUGUUACUCAACCAGAAUCUGAGAUCAAAGAGGAUAUGUCUCUGAAGAAUCAUCCUCCAGACAAGGACAAGGACAAGGACACUAACAUGGAACCACCUACUAGUCCACGUCAUCGAAAGGUUCUUGCUAGAUGGUUACCAGCUGAAGCGCAGAGACCAAUCGUUGAUGAUGCUCCGGUUUUCUCACCAUCAUUAGAGGAGUUUGAAGAUACGCUUGCUUAUAUAGAGAAGAUACGUCCAUUAGCAGAACCAUAUGGUAUUUGUCGAAUCAUCCCACCACCGACAUGGACUCCUCCUUGUCGGCUUAAGGAGAAGAGUAUAUGGGAGCACACAAAGUUCCCCACCCGGAUUCAGAACGUGGACCUUCUUCAGAACCGUGAGCCCAUGAAGAAGAAGCCCAAGAGCAAGAAACGUAAACGGAGAAGAAACUCGAAAAUGGGUUCGUCUAGGAGACGAGCCGGCUCUUCUCCUUCUGAGCCUGCUUCGUCUCCAGAGCCCGAGGAGAAGUUCGGGUUUAACUCUGGCUCUGACUUCACUCUCGAAGAGUUUGAGAGAUACGCUCUGCGUUUCAAAGACUCUUACUUUGAGAAGAAUGAUGCGAAAUGGUCACCGUCUGUGGAGGAAAUCGAAGGCGAAUACUGGCGGAUUGUGGAGCAACCGACAGACGAAGUAGAGGUAUACUAUGGAGCUGACUUGGAGAAUGGGGUACUUGGAAGCGGGUUUUACAAAAGAUCCGGUAGCGAGAUGGAUCAGUACACUGUUUCCGGCUGGAACUUGAACAACUUACCUCGUCUCCCUGGCUCUGUACUCUCUUUUGAGGAUUGUGACAUCUCUGGAGUUUUAGUCCCAUGGCUCUAUGUAGGAAUGUGUUUUUCAUCGUUUUGUUGGCACGUGGAGGACCAUCAUCUAUAUUCACUGAACUUUCAUCACUUUGGUGAGCCAAAAGUAUGGUAUGGUGUACCAGGAAGCAAUGCAACCAAGCUCGAGAAGGCGAUGAGGAAACAUCUUCCUGAUUUGUUUGAUGAACAGCCUGAUCUACUUCAUGGCCUGGUUACUCAGUUCUCUCCUUCGAUUCUGAAAGAUGAAGGAGUAGAGGUUUAUCGUGUGGUUCAGAACUCAGGGGAGUAUGUACUGACGUUCCCGAGGGCGUACCACGCCGGUUUCAACUGCGGUUUCAACUGCGCAGAAGCGGUUAACGUAGCUCCGGUUGAUUGGUUGGCUCAUGGACAGAACGCUGUGGAACUGUACAGCAAAGAGACGAGGAAGACCUCUCUCUCUCACGACAAACUUCUUCUUGGAGCAGCUUAUGAAGCCGUUAAGGCGCUCUCUGAUUCUUUGGGGAAGGAAAACACAACAAACUUGAGAUGGAAGAGUUUCUGUGGCAAGAAAGGAACACUUACUAAAGCGAUACAGGCUCGGUUACGGAUGGAAGAAGAAAGACUUGCGGAUGUUGGUAUGGAUGCUUCGAGUUUGGUGAAGAUGGAGAAGGACUUUGACUCAAACAGUGAAAGGGAGUGCUUCUCAUGUUUCUACGAUUUGCAUCUCUCUGCUUCUGGCUGCAAAUGCUCUCCAGAGGAAUACGCGUGCCUUAAACACUCGGACGAUCUUUGUUCAUGCGAAGAGGAGAACCGGUUCGUUCUUCUCCGUUACACCAUGGACGAGUUAAGCUCGUUGGUCAGAGCAUUGGAAGGGGAAUCUGAUGAUUUAAAGAUAUGGGCUUCCAAGGUGUUAGCCAUUGAACAGUGUGAUGAUGAAGAUGAGAGAAAGACUAGUCCUGUACUUAUCAGCGUGGAGAAGAAGCUAAAGAAAAGUUCGUUUGAUCUAAACAUUGACUUAGAGUUGGAUUGUCACGAAGACCUUAAAGAAGAAGCUAGCACCAGUGGAGAGUUAAUUUCUUCAGAGAACUUUGGUGCAUUGAUAGAGCCUAUAAACCUCGGUUUCUUGAUUUUUGGAAAGCUUUGGUGCAAUAAGCAUGCUAUAUUCCCAAAAGGAUUCACGAGUCGUGUCAAGUUCUACAACGUGCUUGAUCCAACAAGAAUGAGCAGUUACAUCUCUGAGGUUUUGGAUGCAGGACUCAUGGGACCAUUGUUCAGGGUUACUCUUGAAGAAUCUCCAGAGGAGAGCUUCUUCAAUGUCUCGGCUCAACAAUGCUGGGAAAUGGUACUGCAGAGAGUUAAAGAUACAUCCACAAAUGUUGGUCUUUCUACUUCACAGCGGUUUGAGAGUAUCAACGGUCUUCAAAUGUUUGGUUUUCUCUCGCCGUCUAUAGUUGAGGCCAUUGAAGCACUUGACCCGAACCAUAGACUGGUCGAGUACUGGAACCACAAGAACCAAACUUCCUCCGAGUCCAAAGAUCACUUCAUUUCAUCAAACUGCUCAGUGAGUUUAACCAAAGGAAAGCUUUUUGGAGUAGAUUUGAUGUAGAAGAAAUGUUCAAGAGCCCAACAAGACAAAGACAGUGACUACCUUUUUAGAUAGAUCAUAGAAGAAAUUUCUUCUGAUUCCUUUUUUUGGAGUAGGUUUGUUCAAAAAUCUUUUGUUCUUUUUUUUUUUUUUUUUUGUUUCUGAGCAAUUUUUCAGUGAACAAAUAACCUAACCUUAGCGUUAGAAGUGUAAACUAGGAACAAAAAAAAGUUCAAUUCUUUCGCUAUUGCGUUCCUUUUAAUAAUACAAAAUUUCUUUUAAACUCUAGAAAACUCACUUGUAUUAUAGCAUUUAUGUACAAAGUCUCACAGUAUCAUGAAAAAAAGAAACGAAAAUUGAGUGUCGAAAAUCUUGAAAGAAGAGAACUUGUAGGACUAAAAAGAGAUAAUACUUUCCCGCCAUUUUUUUCUGUGGAGUCUUGACGGUUAUACGCCGGGAAAAUUCGCCGGAAUGUGGAAUCAGAACAACGCCAGAGCCAAUGGAAGCAAGAACGAGCUUGUUGAGUAAUGAUGUACGAUGGAAGCAGAAGCAGAGGUUUGAUUGCUGUUGAAUGCAGGAAGAGGAAGAGGACGAUGACGAAGAAGAUGAUGUGACCGAGGACGGAGACUAUCGGCUAAAGCAGUAUCGCCGUUAUCGAAAUCGCCGUAACGAGAGAAAUCAAGCGACGAAGCGAUACCGUGAAUUGCAACGGAAGAAGAGAGGAAAAGAUCUGGUUCGGUGACGAGAACGCCGUCGAGGGUGAAAUCGGAAACGGAAUUGUUUGUGACGACGAUUGAGUUUCCGCGGAGAAGAGUCGGAAGGCGAGAGAGAGGUUGCAAGAGGCGGAGAUCGGCGAACGAGAGACGCUGAGGAACGAUGUGGUAAGCGACGGAGAGACGACCGGCAUUAGUAGAGUCGCCGUUGGAGGAGGAGACGUCGGCGGCGUCGAAAUCGCUGGGGAUGAAAAUGGUGCCGGAGAGUGGGAUUCCGAAUUGGUCGUCGACGGCGGAGAGGAAAUCGGCUGCCCAGUCGCGGAAAUCGCCGGCCCCGAUCAUCGCUUCGAUGAUUCUGUCUGCGUGUUGGUGAUCUUGCGGCGUCAGCGACUGAGGAGAAGCGGCGGGAGUGAGAAAUGAGACGGUGGCGAUGAGGAGGAGGAGAAGGAGAUGGCUUGAGGUGGCCAUCGGAGAAUCAAAUCGGCGGCGAAGUUGUUACAGAGAAGAGAGAGAGAGAGAGAGAGAAAAUCAAUCUUGGAGUCUUUUGAAGUUCGUUAGGAUCUAACUGAAUCACUCUCUGCUUAAAUCAUAACUUUGGAGGAAGGAUGAGUCAUACCGGUUUGGGUACAGAAAACUGGACAAACCGGGAUCUUUCAAAAACCGAGUUUUUCUAGUAUUUUUGUGUGGUUAGAUGUUAUUUGGCUUCGG